AAGUCCAUCUACUAUCUCAAUUAUUACUCUUCUUUAGACUUGGUAUGUUGUUGGAUGAUCAUUUUCCAAAAAAAAUAUGUUGUUGGAUGAUCUCUCUCUGGUGUGUCUCUCUUUGUGCAUGCCCUGUUAGUAGCGUCCAUUGAUCUCGCCUUCAGUCCUUCCCUCCCUAUGAAUCAUCGUUUUUGACGAGCUAGAUUGACAAUGCUCUUUACAGUUGCAAGCGCAUUCAUGUAUGUGGAGAAUAGGCAGCUUAUGGAAGUGUUCCCAGAAAGGGCAAAGAAAUUGUGGAAUUAUUGGGAGCUGCGUGUCAUGAUGCUUGUGAGCCUCACCUUGCAGAUAAUACUAAUUGUGCUUGGAGACCGAAGAAAGUAUCUUGGCAGGACUCGGGUCAGAGUCAUUCUUUGGUCUGCCUACUUAAUGGCGGACUGGGUUGCAACCGUUGCCCUUGGCAUUAUCUCAAGAAAUUAUACUGGCCAACAACAAAGCAAAACACCGUCUUCUGGAGGGGUUAAAACUCAGAAUGCCACAAACGAGCUCAUGUCAUUCUGGGCACCAUUUCUUCUGCUGCACCUUGGCGGUCCUGAUACCAUCACGGCUUACUCUCUGGAAGACAACGAGCUCUGGCAGAGGCACAUGCUGGGACUGGUGGUUCAGACCGGAAUGGCACUCUAUGUCUUUCUCAGGGCCUGGCCGGGUUCUUUUUGGCUUCCAAUUUUGAGCAUGGUCAUGCUUAUUGCUGGUCUCAUCAAAUAUGGUGAGCGAACCUGGUCACUCAGAUCUGCAAACAGCGAGCAUCGUCGUGACUCGAUGCUCACUCCCCCUGAUUCAGGCCCUAAUUAUGCCAAAUUCAUGGAGGAAUUUACUUUGAAGAAGGCUGAGGGGUUCCAUGUGGAGGCCGCUGAGGUAAUUGAAACCCGGGUUCCCACUGACCAAUUUCCUAAUGAUAAUGAUGCUGGUGGAGGUGAAUUCAUACUCAAAGCAUACCUUCUGUUCCAGACAUUUAGGCGUCUGUUUGUAGAUCUCAUCCUUAGUUUCCAGGAUCGACGCAGCAGUCGAUCCUAUUUCGAAAGUCCCAAAAAUAACCCUGAAAAUGCUUUCCGUGUGAUUGAGGUUGAACUCGGAUUUGCCUUUGACAUUCUCUACACUAAAGCACCGGUGAUAUAUACUUCUGCAGGCUGUAUGUUUCGCCUUUUGAGCUUUUCUUGCACUUUAUCGGUGUUGGUGGCUUUUGUCUUACUAUCUGACAACGAUAGAUACCACACAAUUGAUCUACUAAUCACAUACCUACUGAUGGUGCUGGCAGUUCUACUGGAAAUAUAUGCUGCCAUUCUAAUGCUCAACUCAGACUGGAUGUAUUAUUAUUCUUCGACUAGACAGAGCAAAUCUCGCAGCUUUAAGAUCUUCUCUUGCUUGCUACAACCCAAGAAACAGAGGUGGUCCAAUUCAAUGGCACAGUAUAAUUUACUGAGCUUUUGUCUCCGACAUAAGCCCCCAAUUUUCCUUGAAGUCCAAAGUUUCCUUGGGAUCAAUAAACUUCGAGAAAAGCAUUGUUACAAGACAUAUGAAAAGGUUUCCCCCAACAUGAAAGAACUGAUCUUCAAACAUCUGUUGAAUUUGCCUUGCAACCGCGCUGAUGAUCCUAGUGCUUUAUGUAUCCGGAGAGGUAGUUUUGUUCUUAGGGAUUAUAAUUGUCUCUCAGUUGAUUGGGCAACCAAGAUGGAAUUCGACCAAAGCAUUCUUAUCUGGCACAUUGCUACUGACCUCUGUUACUAUUUGGAUUGUGGGAAAGAUCUAGCAGAUUCGGUUAGUAUCAGUCGUAAACAAAGCAAGCAUGUAUCAGACUAUAUGUUAUAUCUUAUGGUCAUGUGUCCUUCUUUGUUGCCAAUGGGAAUUGGAAUGAUCAGGUUUCGUGACACCUGCGCUGAAGCCGAGGAGUUCUUUGGAGAAAGAAAUAUUUCAAAAAAUGAUUUUGCUUUAGCCUGUGAGAAGUUACUUCAGGUGAACACUGAAGUAUUGCCGAUUAAAGUGAAGGGGGACCGAAGCAAAUCUGUGUUGUUUGAUGCUUGCCGGCUUGCAAAGUCAUUGCAAAACAAGGAAAAUAAAUGGGAAAUUCUGAGUCAUAUGUGGGUGGAAAUUCUAGCAUAUGCUGCGACUCACUGUAAAAGCAGUCACCAUGCUCAGCAGCUCCGAAAAGGUGGAGAACUUCUGACUCAUGUCUGGCUUCUAAUGGCACAUCUGGGAAUCACAGAACAGUUCCAAAUUUCUCAAGGCCAUGCUAGAGCUAAAUUGAUUGUGAAGUAGGUAGCUAGGAAGCCUGCAAUGUUGGUGGUAGCGAAGGACAGACCAGUAACAUACGGAUGUUUGGUGAGUGUAAGGUACUUGAUUGCCACAAGAUUGCUUGAUCUGGUAUAAUGAGGCUUGAAUUUACUUAAGCUAGUUGCGUUCCUUUGCAUAUCUAUUAAGGCAUGCAAUGUCAUGUAACUUACCUUUUUAUCUUGCAGCAGUUGUAGUAGCAUGUUGGUGCAAUGUAGCAUCUUUUAGAAUUAAUGAAUAGAAGAAAUUUUUAAGACGGUGCUGCUUAAUAUAAUGGCCAUUGUGGUGUGUUUAUUGCACCAAUGAGUUUUUCUUUU